AUGGCUAUGUUAAACUAUAAGGCUCUUAGUCCACCCAACAAAUGGAUAUGCAGGAAACUAAGACAUACUUACUAUUUUCCUAAAAUCAAGACCAUAUUCACAGGCAUCCCCAAAUCCGGGUCUUCAAACUGGAAAGAGUUCCUAAUGAGAGCGGAAGGUACCUUAAACAUGAGUUUAGGACCAAGUCAAGUCAAUACCAUUCACAAGUUGUAUUCCGAUGAGUUCCGGUUAGGCGCUCAUUCAAAUGCUGCUGACGUUAGGAAGGCAGUUAAAAGAGGUGAAAAUAUUUUCAGUUUUGCAGUGGUUCGCAACCCCUGGACCAGGUUAGUCUCUGGGUACAGAGACAAACUGUCCGGCGAGGUUACACCUGGGAGACCUGCUUUCAGAGGAUUAGCCCGGAGAAUAGCACAUGAGAUGAACCUGCGAGAUAACAUGACCAAUAGCGGAACACACCCCACUUUUAACCAGUAUCUGAGAUGGCUGGUGGACAAUCCUAAUAAGUUAAACGACCACUUUACACCCCAGCACCUCCAACUGUGCAUCCCUUCAGCUAGAUACGACUACGUCAUACCUUUAGAGUACAGCGGUGUUCUCAACAGGGACAUUAAACAGAGGAUAAACACUACUCUGCAGCUGUCUGGUGCAUAUGACUCUGUUAGUGAUCCUAGAUUGCAGUCCUCGGCUGUUCUGGCCAGGGAGUGGCUAUCUCAACAGGAUCACCAGGUCAUUGAUAGGUUGUACCAAAUUUACAUAGCGGAUUUCGCUUUAAUGGACUACAGCAACUUCUCCCACCCUGAUUUUCCUUUACCGAUGCAUAGAAAGUAA